GCGCGUCUGCUGUUUUCUGUACUUCCUCGUCCGCCAGUCGGACGAGUCACUCGUCGCAACUUUGACCAAAUACCCCUUUUGACUAAAAUCGCAAAAAGACAACUUGAUGCUUGGAAUGAAUUUACUUGUAUUCUUUGUUGCGGCCGUGCAAAUUUACAGCGUGGCACCUGUCAUUCACACGCUCAAUUAUUUCGAGACCAGCUCUCAAGUUGCAAAGCUACCAGAGUACUUGCUGGUGGCGUAUGUUGACGGCGUUCAGAUUCAGCAGUUUGACAGCAACCACAGGGAAACGAAAGUGAAACAUGACUGGGUGAACAAAAUCACAGAAGAUGAUCCGCACUUCUGGGAGAUAGAGACAGCGAUCAAUAUUCAGAAUGAGCAGAUCAUGAAACGCAACAUUGAAAUCGCUAAAAAGCGCUUCAACCAAACUGGAGGUGUUCACAUGAUUCAGCGCAUAAACGGCUGUGAAUGGGACGAUGAGACUGGGGAGGUUGAUGGUUGGGAGCACCACCGUUACGAUGGAGAAGACUUCCUGUCAUUUGAGGCGAAGACGAUGACAUGGAUCGCAGCACAUCCACAAGCUUUCAUCAGCAAAUUGAAGUGGGACCAAAGCGACGGGUUCAAGGAACACAAGAAGAAUUACUUCACUAAGGUGUGUCCUUCUGAUUUGAAGAAGCAUGUGAGCAACGGGAGGGACUUCCUGACGAGAACCGAGCUUCCCAAGGUGUCUCUCCUGCAGAAGACGCCUUCCUCUCCGGUCACCUGCCACGCCACGGGUUUCUACCCCAUUACAUCGUCCCUCUUUUGGAGGAAGAACGGCGAGGAGAUCCACGAGGACGUGGAGAUGGGGGAGACCUUCCCCAACCACGACGGAACCUUCCAGAACUCGGUCGACCUGAAAGUGAAGGUGACUCCCGCCGCGGAGCGGGAGUACGAAUGCGUGUUCCAGCUGGCCGGCGUCUCGGAAGACAUCGUCAUCAAGCUGGACGCCGGAAGCAUCCUGACCAACCAGGAAGAGCAAGACUGGAAGAAGGCAGUGGCCAUCGCCAUCCCGUUGGUGGUCCUCGCUCUGGUGGCGGUGGUGGUGGUGAUGUUCCUUGCCAAGCGUCUCAAAAGCAAACAAGCCAAAUACUCUCAAGCUUCUGUUUCCACCGGUUCUGAGCCUGUUUCCGGGUGAGAGGCAGCAACGGUCACCUGGUGUCGGAAUUCUUUCAGAGGACUUUCUCAUCACAACACAUGUUGUUUUUCUUCAAGUCAACAAUAAUUAUGUUUUUGUUAUAUCAAGUUUUUCUGACCUCUGACCUUUUUAAGCAGCUGGUAGCUUUGGAGGCAGCUGAGGCGUCCUCAGCCUCCUUUUUGUCUUCCUACCUCAUUUAGGGCAUGGAAACAGAGACACAAUGAAUUGAUUCUUUUUAUGAAUGUUUUGAUAUACAUGAUAGAUUUCUUCUUUUUAUCCGCUUCUAAAUAAUCUUUUAACUGUUCCCUUUUAACUCUUUUAAUGACCGAUUGAUCCAACUUUAUUCUUAAUAUUUUACAAUUGCAAUUUACAAUUGCUUUACAAAAGUUGUUUUAUCUGUUUUAUCUAUUUUUAAAAUGAAUUUUAUUGGGUGUAAAUUUCCCUUAAACACAAAUGCACUUGAUUUUAAGAUACCAAAUGCGAACUGUAUAUUUUUAAUUUUUAUUGAUUAAAACACUUGUGUUAUAAAAA